UUUCAUGUCUGCCACUAGGGGCCGACCAUGACUUAAAGAAAUGCUUUUUGGGUCAAUGGAUGGGAACGGCCCAUUUUAUAAUAUUGUUUGUAAAUUUUUUUGGACGUAGAUGGAAAUGAUCCAAUUACAUAUUUCCCCUGCUCACAGACAUUUGCAUUGCACCUAGCAAACACCAGUUUUUUUGUUUGAACAUCGAUCCGCAUCAAUGGCUCUUGUGAGAACAUCUCCAGGAACCUCUUCUGAUUCCAACACUUUUCGGGGUUAUCGCUACGACGUGUUCUUGAGCUUCAGAGGUGAAGAAACUCGCAAGACUUUUACCGACCACCUCUACACAGCCUUGAACAACGCAGGAUUUCUUACGUUCCGAGACGACGAUGAACUUGAGAGAGGAGGAGAUAUAAAGCUAGGACUGCAGAAAGCGAUCCAGCAGUCACGAACUUCUGUUGUCGUGUUUUCGAAAGAUUACGCGUCAUCCAGUUGGUGUCUUGAUGAGCUUGUGCUGAUCCUUGAACGCAAGCGGACCACCUCGGACCAUGUAGUUUUACCAGUCUUCUACGAUGUCGAUCCGUCCCACGUGAGGAAGCAGACAGGAAGUGUUAGAAAAGCAUUUACUAGAAGCCAGAAAAAUCAGUCACCGGAAAAGGUGGAGGGAUGGAGGAAGGCACUUGCAGAGAUUGCAGAUCUAGCAGGCAUGGUCUUACAAAAUCAAGCUGAUGGGUACGAGUCAAAGUUUAUCAAAAACAUUGCUAAAGUGAUAAGAGACAAGUUAAGUCGCACGCCGUUGAGUGUUGAACCAAAAUUGAUUGGAAUUCAAUCUCAAGCGGAACGCAUCAAUUUGUGGUUACAAGAUGAAUCAAGUGAUGUUGGUAUAUUUGUUGUGUAUGGCAUGUCUGGAAUAGGGAAGACAACCAUUGCAAAACAGGUUUACAAUUCAAACUUUAGAAGCUUUCAAGGAAGUAGUUUCAUUGAAAAUAUCAAAGAAACAGCAGAUCAACCAAAUGGCUUAGUUCAAGUACAAAUGCAACUUCUUUGUGAUAUUUUGAAUGACAGAGAAGUGAAAAUACACAGUGUUAGUGAGGGAAUAAUUAAGAUUGAAAGGGCCAUAAGCUUUAGAAGAGUUCUACUUGUUCUUGAUGAUGUUGACCAUAUGGACCAAUUAGAUGCAAUCCUAAGGAUGAAAGAUCAGUUUUAUCCGGGAAGUAAGAUACUAAUAACAACUAGGCGUGAAAGGUUGCUAAAGGCAGAUCAAGUUACAGAGUUGCACAUAAUUCAAACUUUGGAUUACAAUCAAUCAUUAAAGCUUUUCAGUUGGCAUGCUUUUGGCCAAGACCAUCCCAUAGAAGAAUACAUGGAGCACUCAAAACAACUAGUGCAGUAUACCGGCGGACUUCCAUUAGCUCUAAAAGUUUUGGGUUCUUCUUUAUCAGGGCAAAGUAUAGGUGUAUGGGAAAGUGCAUUGGAGAAGCUAAAAGUUAUUCCUGAUGGUGAAAUCAUGAAUAAACUAAGAAUAAGCUAUGAAAGUUUAAAAGAUGACCAUGACCGGAAAUUAUUCCUCCAUAUUGCUUGUUUCCUAAUAGGAAGGAACAAAAGCUACAUUGUUAGAAUAUUGGAUGGAUGUGAUUUCUAUACAACCAUUGGCAUUGAAAAUCUCAUUGAUAGGUGCUUGGUGACACUUGAUAAACACGGCAAGGUGAAAAUGCAUGACAUGAUACGUGCUAUGGGAAGAGAAAUUGUUCGCCAAGAAUCAGAAGAGCCUGAGAAACGUAGUAGAUUAUGGCGCCAUAAGGAUUCUUUCCAAGUAUUGAGGAAGAAAAAUGGUACAAAAAAAAUCCAAGGUCUUGUCCUGGAUGUGCGUGACCAUCCUGCAAACAGUCCAAUAAACACAAAUGAGAUAGUCUUGGAAACCAAUGCAUUUGCAAGGAUGUGCAAUUUACAACUACUCCAUCUUAGUCAUGUACGACUGGAUGGAUGUUAUGCAGAUUUUCCUACAGAAUUAAGAUGGUUGUGUUGGCUUGAAUUUCCUUUGGAUUCUAUACCAAUUGAUUUUCCUUUGGAGAACGUAAUUGUUCUUGAAAUGCAAUACAGUAGCUUGAGACAAGUAUGGAGAGGAACAAAAUUUCUUCCAUCGUUGAAGAUCCUUGAUGUGAGCCAUUCUCAUGGCCUUAGUGAAACCAUUGACUUCUCACUUUCCCCCAAUCUAGAGGAACUGAUUCUUGUAGAUUGCACAAGCCUGAAGAAUGUUCAUGAAUCCAUUGGAAACCUGGAGCAACUCGUGUACUUGAAUAUGAAGGAUUGCAAGAAUCUUAGGAUUCUUCCGAAGAACAGGUGCAUGCUUAAAUCACUUGAAACACUCAUUUUAUCUGGUUGUUCAAAUCUUGAUGAGUUUCCACAGUUUCUUCCAUCGUUGAAGAUCCUUGAUGUGAGCCAUUGUCAUGGCCUUAGUGAAACCAUUGACUUUUCACUUUUCCCCAAUCUAGAGGAACUGAUUCUUGUAGAUUGCACAAGCCUGGAGAAUGUUCAUGAAUCCAUUCGAAACCUGGAGAGACUCGUGUACUUGAAUAUGAAGGAUUGCAAGAAUCUUAGGAAGCUUCCGAAGAACAUGUGCAUGCUUAAAUCACUUGAAACACUCAUUUUAUCUGGUUGCUCAAAUCUUGAUGAGUUUCCACAGUUUCUUCCAUCGUUGAAGAUCCUUGACGUGAGCCAUUCUCAUGGCCUUAGUGAAACCAUUGACUUCUCACUUUUCCCCAAUCUAGAGGAACUGAUUCUUGUAGAUUGCACAAGCCUGGAGAAUGUUCAUGAAUCCAUUGGAAACUUGGAGAGACUCGUGUACUUGAAUAUGAAGGAUUGCAAUAAUCUUAGGAAGCUUCCGAAGAACAUGUGCAUGCUUAAAUCACUUGAAACACUCAUUUUAUCUGGUUGCUCAAAUCUUGAUGAGUCUCCAGUGGAGAUGGUGAAGAAGAUGGAGUCUCUGAAAGUUUUUGAGUCAUAUGGAAUUCCAAUAAGUGAAUUAUGGCCAGAAAGAAGUUCAGCUAUCUUGAGUUCUUUUCCAUCCUUUGUGGUAGAGUUAAGUCUGAAGGGGUGCAGUCUUUCUGAUGAUGUGCUUCCUACGGAUUUAAGUAAUUUAUCCCACUUGCGAAGACUACAUUUAGAUGAGAAUCCAAUUUGCAGUCUGCCAGUUUUCAUCAAAGGUUUGAGGAGGAUCGAUGAACUCUCUUUCAAGGGUUGUGAUAGGCUCGAAUCGCUUGUGGGGUUGCCGGAAGUACACCAUUGGAUAAGUAUAGUCGGAUGCAUAUCAUUAAAAAAAAUAACUUUUCAUUCCCCUAAUCGACAGGGUUUAUCAACUGUGGGUAACAACUGGAAUCUUAUUGAGUGGGAGGGUCGUUACAAGUUAGAGCCUAUUGAUAGAGUUGAUGUGGAAAUGAUCAAACUUUUGGGCUUGUGCAACUUGGAAUCCAUGCCAGCUGUUCGAAUGUAUAAUCCAUGGACAUUCAGGGAUCCCAAAGAGGUCCCCGUCCAGGGACUGUAUCAAGGUGGUAUAUUCAACACAUUUUUUGUUGGGAAUGAUGUUCCAGGCCGGUUCAGCUAUAAAAGUACCAAGUCCUCGAUAUCUUUUAUUGUCCCUUUACUACUUGCUAGUCACAGAAUUCGAGGCUUGAGCAUCUUUGCUACCUAUGCAAAGGAAAAUUCAAAUAAUUAUUUUACUUUACGUAGAAUUGCUCCAAUAAUGAUCAAAGUGAGAAACAAGAGUAAGGGUCUGAAGUGGAUCCUUGCCCCAGAGUUCUAUGGAAUUCCAGGUGAUGGAGAAGAUAUGAUAUGGUUGAGCCAUUGGAAGAUGGAGAAUGAAGCAAUAUUACAAUGUGGAGAUGAAGUGGUGGUUUCGGUAAUAACCAGACCACGUGACGUGUUUUGGGUAAAGGAGUUUGGUGUCGAGCUUGUGCAAGAGCACCAAGACAAGAUGAGUACCCAACACAACUCCAAAUCAGAUCCUGAUUAUCCAUUUGUUAUCGGUGGAGAUUUGCAGACGUGGAAGUGCAGACCGGGAAUAUACUUCCUGAGCGGUUAUGCAAUAAAAGAUACUGACGACAUUGAUAUCCUCUUCAUGGACUCUGAUGAAGAAGACACAAACAAAGAAGGGCAAGAGAAUGAACGUGAUGAUUCAAUUCCAAAGACGAGGGUUGCUAGCAAUAACUACAGCCUGAGAGGCUGGAAGGUGCGCCUCACAGCUGUCGGCUUCUUUUUCGCGCUUGCUCUAGUAGGUUGGUCCUCCAUCUCCCAAAAAAAGAAACGACACUCGCCCACAAGCCCACCAAGAGUUUGUAAUUUGACUUGAUAUAGAUAUAUCUUUGCAUUCCUUGCUCUCAAGAUGUUUUCUACCUUCAAAACUUCAAGUUCAAAGCUGAUCACUCUUAACCGCUUGAGAUCUAAGAGCCCCUUGCAACUAGA